AUGGCCACGGCCGCCGCCGCCACCUCCUCCGCCUCCGCGGCCGCCGCCUCCACCGCCGCCACCACGGCCACCGCCACCUCCUCCGCCACCACGGCCUCCGCCUCCGCCGCCGCCGCCACGGCCUCCGCCUCCGCCGCCGCCACCGCUGCCUCCACCCCCACCUCCGCCGCCUCCACCGCCACCCCCACCGCCCCCACCUCCACCUCCGCCGCCUCCGCCGCCGCCACCUCCUCCAAUGCUGACUACGCUAUCGGCACCGGCUCCCUCUCCGCCGCUGCUGGCAAGCAAGCGCUCAGUGCUCUCGAGGCGACGAGCUUGGGCGACGCCGAGGAUGGCCAACAUGGCGAUUAG